UCUCUCUCCCUCUCCGUUCUAAAUAAAGCCAAACCCUCCCUAACGCUCUCGAUCUACUCGCAAUAUUUCUUCUCUCUGCAACAAACCAAAAAUGGCCCAACACCCAUUCCUCUUCCUCUUCACCAUUUUCGUUGCUCUCUUACACCUGGCUUUCUCUCGCAGCUUAUCGGAGACUACUUACACGCUCCUUGAUGUCUCGGCCGCACUCGAUCAAGCCCAAGCCGUCCUCAACUUCGACCCCGAAACCCUUAAACCCAGCUUGGAUCAGCAACAAGUCCAACAAGUCCAACAAAUCUUCGCUAAUUCCUCUUCUUUCUCGCUCCAGCUUCACUCCCGGGACUCCCUCUACAGGACCUCGCAUAAAGACUACAAGAGCCUAGUCCUUUCCCGCCUAGAGCGCGAAUCGGCCCGAGUCGACUCGCUCACCACCAAGCUCCAGCUCGCGCUCACAGGCGUGAAGAGGUCGGAUCUCCAGCCCAUGGAGACCGAGCUCCGGCCCGAGGACUUCUCCACUCCGAUUGUGUCCGGGAUGAGCCAGGGCAGCGGCGAGUACUUCUCGCGUGUCAGCGUCGGACAACCCGCCAAGCCCUUCUCCAUGGUCCUCGACACAGGUAGCGACGUCAACUGGCUCCAAUGCAAGCCCUGUACGGACUGCUACCAGCAAUCCGACCCGAUAUUCGACCCGAGCUCGUCCUCCUCCUACAAGCCCCUCUCCUGCGCCUCCCAGCAAUGCACCUCCCUCGAUAACGCCGGCUGUCGCAACGACCACUGCCUCUACCAGGUCGCGUACGGCGACGGCUCGUACACGGUCGGCGAUUUGGUCACUGAGACGCUGUCGUUCGGGAACUCUGGCGCGGUGAACGACGUCGCUUUGGGUUGCGGCCACGAAAACGAAGGUCUGUUCGUCGGCGCCGCCGGAUUACUUGGGCUCGGCGGAGGCCCACUUUCGCUUACCUCUCAGAUCAAAGCGUCGUCGUUUUCUUACUGCCUGGUCGACCGCGACUCGAGCAAGUCCUCAACGCUCGAGUUCAACUCAGUCCCACCCGGCGACUCGGUCACGACUGCGUUACUGAGAAACAGCAAACUUCGUACGUUCUACUACGUCGGACUCACCGGAAUGAGCGUGGGUGGGCAGCCCCUCUCGUUUCCGUCCUCGCAGUUCCAAAUGGACGCGUCAGGAAACGGUGGGAUAAUUGUUGACUCGGGAACGCCUAUAACUCGUUUGCAGACUCAGGCCUACAACUCGCUCCGCGACGCGUUCGUCAGUAUGACUCAGCACCUGCCGGCUACGAGCGGCGUAGCUCUGUUCGACACUUGUUACGAUCUCUCUUCGCAGAAAUCCGUGAGAGUGCCCACGGUGUCUUUUCAGUUCUCUGACGGGAAGUCGCUCUUGUUGCCGGCCAAGAAUUAUUUGAUUCCGGUGGAGUCGGACGGAACCUUCUGUUUCGCCUUCGCUCCCACGACGUCGUCUUUGUCAAUUAUUGGGACUGUGCAGCAGCAGGGGACACGUGUCAGCUUUGAUUUGGCAAACUCGCGGUUGGGGUUCUCCUCCAAUAAAUGUUAGUCGGUGUAGGCAGGUUUGUUUGAUGAAAAGAAAAAAAAAAUUAAAAGAAAAUGGUAGGGUAAUUUACCUUUUUAUCCCUGAGAAAUGAGGUGGCGAUGUGGUACUCUAUUUUAAAUAGGUUUUAAUGUGGGUAGGAAAAUGAAAUGUUCUACGGAAAGGCAGGUGAGUUGCUUAAAAUCGGGCCCAUCUAAAUAAAGUCCAAGAAGCUUUGGCUGGUGUGGCUCAUAAUUAUUCAUAAAUGUACUAUUGUGUAGUUGAGUUCAGUGGCAUGUAUAGAAAAUUAGCCAGAACUUUAGGGGCCAUUAGGCAAACCAGUGGGAUUGAGAAAUGAAUUGUGAUUUAAAAAGUUAUCGUUUACUAGUUUGAGAUCUAAUCUUAUUUAUUUUUAUUUA